AUGGCGUCAACAGUUCUCGAUAGUUUUGAAGAAAAGAUCUAUGGCUUUAAGUUGAUGAGAUUGAUUAUUGAUGGAGGAACAGAGGUAUUGAGAAACAUCGUCCAGAACAUACACUCAGGUGAUUUGCAUGCUGUUUUGUCUACUCAUUACCGUGCGCUUCUCACUCUUUUUAACAAAAGAAAAAUAAUCACGCAACCACAAUGGGAUAAAAUGCACCCACCUCCCCCUAGAAUUCCAAAUAUUCAGGAAUUUGAUAUAACAUUACUUGUUAUUCUGUUAAGAAACAUUUGUGGUCUAUCUCCUCCUAGUACAGGAUGGAAUGUUAUGCCAUGUUCCACCGACAAUUCUUGUGAAGCGAACAUUGUUCGUAUUAAGUUCUUUCGCAAUAAUUUCUUUGGUCAUGUCCCAGAAACGGGUGUUAGUAGGUUAGAUUUUGAGGCUCAUUGGGUAGAGGUUAGUUUGGCUUUACGUAGUUUGGGCAUGAAUCAAGUGAAAAUUGACAGAUUGAAGGCUGAGGAAUGUGGAGAGAAGGAAGUGAAAUAG